AUGGCGACAUCUAUUAUUUUGGGUGCAGCAGGCCUAGCUGUCACCGUCCUCGACAUCGCCUCGUUCUUGCAAAGCCUUGGUGGUACUCCCGACCCCCUAAAGCAAACCCAAGUCACGCUCGUCGUCGGCAAUGCUCCAAACAGCGAAGGAAGCAUGCCCGAUAUCUAUGCCAAAGGCCCUUUUGGCUUCCAGCUUGCGCACACCUCCGAUAAAUCACUUUUCAAGGACGGGCAUCUCGAAGGAUCCCAGGCCAAAACAUUUAUUAUUGACAAUGAUCCUGGCAUCGAUUUCCAGACCCAAGUCCAUCAGCCGCAGUACGUAUCGGUAGUCAUGACCCAAGGCGAUGCGAUCUGCCUGUCUGCAGUCAUUGCAAAUGGCGACGGUGCGACGUAUACAUGGACCGGAGACAUGGGCGCACAGUGCGGUGCAGAGUGGUAUGAAAGUGACUUUGCGUUUGGAAAUUCGAAUGUCCCGCCGAAGUGUGUGUGGUUGGAUUCUGAUCAUAGCAACGACAUCGUGGCCAGUGCUGUUAGCAUGCACAUGACAGACUUCGCCGGUCCAUUGCUCCCGCAAUAUCAAGAGACGAAUGAAGCAGGCGAUAAUAUCGGAGAUGCUCGACUCUGCAAGAACUCGGCACGGAUGACAUUCUACCAUGACUUCAAGUAUGAGAAUUGGGCGGUAUUCGAGCAACCUCUGAAAUUCAAUGGAAGCGGCGCGUUCGAGGAACCUGAUCUAGGGAUUGACAGAGAGAAGCGUGCUUAUCCGGACGGGGUACGAGUUCUCCUCACAGCUCGUGCGAAUCACUGA